AUGGAGCACAGCACAGACAGUCAGGGUGAAGAAUCUAGUUAUCAAGAACCUUCAUAUUAUGAGGGCUUAGAUGGUUCUUUGCAAGAUCAUGAUGUGGACUAUCAAGCAGGUGAUAUCGAACAGAGAUCACCACUUCGUGAACAAGACCGUUUCCUGCCAAUAGCUAAUGUUGCUAAAAUAAUGAAAAGAGCAGUUCCUGGAAAUGGAAAAAUUGCUAAAGAUGCUAAAGAAUGUGUGCAAGAAUGUGUAUCAGAGUUUAUCAGUUUCAUCACUAGCGAAGCUGCUGAUAAGUGUCAAACUGAAAAGCGUAAAACUAUUAACGGCGAAGACAUUUUGUGUGCUAUGAAUACACUUGGCUUUGAUAAUUACAUUGAACCACUUAGAGCGUUUCUAGUCAAGUUUCGAGAAAUUAGCAAACUUGAGUCUUCAUUCAUUGAUGAAUCAUCUGUUCCCACCACAAUGUCUACCGUCCCCCCCGCGGUUGGUUCGGCUGUGAUCUUGAGUCCAACACUAUUAUCAACUGGCCCCAGUGGUUUAACCAACAUACCUUCACGAUCCCUGGCUGGCAGACAGUAUGCUGUAGUUAACGGCUCAAAUGAUAUACAAAACAAUAAUGUUCAUUCCGUAUCGACUCCAGAUAUCAAAGUAGCAAAUGCAGGAAUGACUACCCUAGGUACCCCUGUGUCUUCUUCUUUAGGGACUACAAUUAUUUUGCCAAUAUCAACUCCUUUGGCCUUCGUUAGUGGGCCUCAAACAUCAGUCUCCCUGGCUGACCAAUCGACGGAUUCAGUUUCUUGA